UUUGCAAUUUUUUUCUCUCGAAUCUUCCAUCCACGUGUCAUCGAUGCCAUAGCUCUUUUCACAUUGAAAUAAAUUAAGAACAGAUUGAUUUGUUCAGUACAUUAAACACAGUUUCACAAUGUUAUCCGAUUUGGAUUUAUCCUGUUUAUUACAAGAGACUAUUCCUGAUACAUCGAAUCCCAAUGAAAAAAUCCCUUGCAUUAUCACUAAAUAUCUGAACUAUAAUGAGAUAUUUGUCCAAUUCAAAAAAUAUCGAGAUUCUUUGGCCAAAUUAUCAAGUGAUAUGCAUGCAUAUUAUUGUGACAAAUCCUGGGAUGAGAUAGUUUUCAUUGAAAAAACAAGCAAGGCACAAUGGAAAAAUCUUUUCAUUUAUCAUGAUCACCACAAUGAUAUGUAUUUACGGACAAAAAUAAUUGAAAAAUUUGCUGAUCGAAAGUAUCAUGUAUUACUUCUCGAUCUUGGCUAUGAAUAUAUUGCUGAUAAAGAUGAUUUAAUCUUGAGUGACAACCCCGAUUUCUUGAAGUUACCAAUACAGGGAUUUAAAUUUGGACUUGAAUUUGAUGAAGCAAGUUAUAAAAAAAUUGGAAAUCAUCCCGAUAAAUCAAAAUUUAAUCUUGCUGUGCAAAAAAUCGUUUUAUCAAGUACUGAUUGUUGGAUUGCUUUUUCAAAAGACAAUGCUCGACAAAAAGUUGAUAUUUAUUGUAAAAAUAAUGAUGAAAUUAUUGACAUUGUCAAUUUUAUUGAACAACAAAUGGUUUCUGAAGCCAAUAUGGUUGUAACUACAAGCAAACACCCCAAUGCACCGGUGGAAUUAUCGAAUAAUCAUUCUCAAAAAGAUGUGGACAUUUCCGAACCAAUAAUAUCAUCAUCAUCCAUGAUGAUUGCUCAUCCUUUGCUUUCCGAAUCAUUCGCACAAUUCAUCAUGAAAGUUAAAAUGGUUACAUCUCCAAGUGAUUUCUAUUUGAAAUUUAUUGCCGAUCCUGACUAUCAAAAAUUCAAGUUAAAGUUAAAAUCUUUUAUGACCAGUGAUUCGAUUAAAAAAAUUGACAACCCAAAAAUUGGCCAUGUAUACGGUGCUAUAGCCGAUCAUCAUCGUAAUAAAUACAUUCGUGUUUAUAUAUUAUCAUUCAAUGAUGUAGCAAAUGAAUACAAUUGUUUUGAAAUGGACAAAGGAAUGGAAACUUUCUAUAAGUCUUCACAAUUGUACGAAAUACCUGAAGAACUCAUCACAUUUCCAGCACGAUCAGUUCGUGCCUCUCUUUAUGGUAUUGCGCCUAAAAAUGAUGAAAUAGAAACCACUAUGGAAUUGCAGCAACUUAUUUGUGAACAAAAAGCUGAAGUUUUAACUAUGGAAUUUGAUCAUGAUAAAAAUCACUUAAUGUGUUCACUAAUUGUUGACGAUGUUAAUGUUGGUGAUUAUUUAAUCGAAAAUGGUUUUGCUAAUAUCAUUGAAUAAAUUAAUAGCACUAUACCAUUAUAUUCAAUUUGUAUACCAUUCUGUUA